GUGAAGACCGUUCAACAAUCACAUUUCACCGGACAAAAAAAAAAGAAUCAUUCCCUCUCGAAUAUAUUUACAUAAAUGCCACCUUAAUUAAUUUGCAAAUAUCACGAUUUGAUAACUGAACUUUCCAACAACCCCCACAUUUCUAAACAAAAACGAAAAAAGAAAGUUGACAAAAAUCAACACAAUUCGCAUUUCCAUCAUCAAGUUUGAGGAAGAGUGAGAAAAAAAGAAUUUGGUCAUCAAAUUUUGACGAUCUUCCAAUAAAUUUGAAGCUAAAAAUGGCCUCAGGUGAUGUUUGGCAUAUGGAGAAAAGAUCAAGUGUGAGAAAUGACUCUUUUGGGGAUAAAGCAGACACUGAGAGUUCCCUGGAAAGUGGGUCCCUUUCAAUUAUUGUUCUUGGUGCUUCAGGUGAUCUUGCAAAGAAGAAGACUUUUCCUGCUCUAUUCAAUCUCUAUCGUCAGGGAUUUCUUCCUCCAAGUGAGGUCCAUAUAUUUGGUUAUGCUAGGUCAAAGAUGACAGAUGAUGAAUUGAAAGAUCGUAUUCAUGGAUAUCUGGUUCCCUCCAAGAAUGCAACCCCAGAGAUGUCUGAAGAUGUUUCUAACUUUUUGCGUUUGAUUCAAUAUGUGAGUGGCUCGUAUGAUACUGAAGAGGGUUUUCAAUUGCUGGAUAAAGAAAUUUCCAAGUAUGAGUAUGAGCAGAAUCGUCAAGAAGGAAUAUCUAGAAGACUCUUUUACCUUGCUCUACCGCCUUCAGUAUAUCCACCUGUCUGCAGAAUGAUAAGACGCUACUGUAUGAAUAAAUCUGAAAAUGUUGGAUGGACACGGAUGGUUGUUGAGAAGCCUUUCGGGAGAGAUUUGCAAUCAGCAGAACAACUUAGUUCACAAAUUGGAGAGUUGUUUAAUGAGUCACAGAUUUACCGUAUUGAUCACUACUUGGGAAAAGAGUUGGUUCAGAACUUGCUUGUAAUGCGAUUUGCCAAUCGCUUUUUUCUUCCCCUUUGGAACAGAGAUAAUAUUGAUAAUGUACAGAUUGUCUUUAGAGAGGAUUUUGGAACAGAUGGUCGAGGUGGCUACUUUGAUCAAUAUGGAAUAAUUCGUGACAUUAUUCAGAACCACCUCUUGCAGGUUCUCUGUUUAGUUGCCAUGGAGAAGCCGGUCUCACUUACACCAGAGUACAUUCGUGAUGAAAAAGUGAAGGUUCUUCAAGCAGUUGAUCCGAUUAAGGAUGAAGAGGUUGUUCUUGGGCAAUAUGAAGGCUACAAAGAUGAUCCAACUGUUCCAGAUACCUCAAACACACCAACAUUUGCAACCGUGGUUUUGCGGAUACACAAUGAAAGAUGGGAAGGUGUUCCAUUUAUACUAAAGGCAGGGAAAGCAUUGAAUUCAAGGAAAGCAGAAAUUCGGGUUCAGUUCAAGGAUGUCCCUGGUGAUAUAUUUAAAUGUAAAAGGCAAGGAAGAAAUGAAUUUGUGAUGCGGCUACAGCCUUCGGAGGCAAUCUAUAUGAAGCUUACGGUGAAACAGCCAGGGUUGGAAAUGUCGACUGUACAAAGUGAACUGGAUUUGUCAUAUAAGCAGCGGUAUCAGGGAGUCGUUAUUCCAGAGGCCUAUGAACGUUUGAUUCUGGACACAAUUAGAGGUGAUCAACAGCAUUUCGUCCGCAGAGAUGAGCUGAAGGCUGCAUGGGAGAUCUUUACUCCUCUUCUACACAGAAUUGACGAGGGACUAUUGAAGUCUGUUCCAUAUAAGCCGGGAACUCGAGGCCCAGCUGAAGCAGAUGCCCUACUUGAGAAGGCUGGUUAUGUUCAAACUCAUGGCUAUAUCUGGAUUCCUCCUACUUUAUAGGAAUGUGGAAAAUCCAUAACAAAGAACACAGCUAUUGCUGGGAUAUGUCGGAGUAGCUAUGUGCCCAUUACCUCGAUGAUCGCCCACUAGUUCAUUACGGUGUAUUAAUGCAACUACCAAUACAAUAAGAUUUACUUUGGAUGAGUUUUCAGUAUGAACAGGGCUAUUCUUGACAUUUAUGGGCCUAAGGCGAAAUUCAGAUAGCCCUUUCUAAGUCAAUAUUAUUAUUGUGCAACUAUAAGAAGUAACUUUCUAUUGUA